GUCGCGAAACCUCACAAUUGCACGUGCAAUCAUGACGGCGCCCCCUGCGAAUCCACCUCUUGACGAGGAAGCAUGCGAAGAUAAGCUACCCGAAGACGACCCCGACAUUUCCACCAAGCCGUUUGUCCAACAACGCGCUUUCGGUCGUGGUCUGUGGAAGAAUCCCAUCCAGUUCGUAUCAUCUGCGCCUGAGGUCCAGCCAGCCUCUACAGGGACAAACGGCAAGACCAUGGCCGAAAAAUAUCUUGCCAUCAUGUUUCCCAACGGCGAGCCGAAACCCGAACCAGACGCCUACCCUCGAUGCGGAAUAUGUGGCGAGCCUGUCAAAGAAUCCGACCAGCGCAUACAUUACCUCAGCCCUGCACAUCAAGCAGUCCUACCCCGAGCACCCAUUCCCUCGGCCAUCGACCGAACGAGAAUGGGGCUGAAAUACAUGGAAAAGCAUGGCUACGACGUAGAUGCGCGCAAGGGUCUAGGCUCCAGCGGCCAGGGUAUGCUAUUCCCACUGGUACCGAAAGAGAAGCGGGACAAGUUGGGCUUGGGAAUAGACAAGAAAGACCACCAAAAGAGGCGGGAAUUAGGUGGCGCAAGCCGCGCAGACGUCAGAGAGGCUAGGCUCGAUGCUGGUAAGGUCAGGAAACUGGCACUGGUUGAGAAGAAGAGACACAAUAAUCUGCAGAAGAUGUUCUAUGGAAACGAUGAGGUGGAGAAGUACUUGAGGCAGUUGGGCGACUAAGCAUCUUUGCUUGCGCCCGUCUCACGCUACGCGCACGCCAUCCAAGAGCCGUUCAGACACCGAUAGACUGUAACGUUUGCGUGCCUUGACGAGUACGGGUGGGUGCGAAAGCAACUUCUUCUAUUGCAUAGCGUCGGCGUUGAAUCUGGUAUGAUUUUUUUUUCUCGAUACCCAAAGUUGAGGAAAUCCAACCUGACACGACUUUACCCACAACUUGAAACAUUAUAGUGGCAACUUACCCAUACACUUAGUCAGUCAGAUAUGAUAUUUACCCUGCGUUCCCGC